AUGAACGACUCCCGAACUUGGUACAUGGUUAACGCAAUCCCGUAUGUCGGAAAAGUGACAACAGAAAUCGAUGAACCGGUACCCACUUAUUACGUUAGGAAACUAUCGGAGUCGAUACACGGAACAAAUAGAAAUAUCACAGUAGAUAACUGGUUUAGUUCGGUAGAUCUCUUCAAUAAAAUGCUCACUGAAUAUAACCUAACUAUGAUUGGAACGCUAAGAAAGAAUAAAAGGGAAAUUCCCUCUUCUUUUCUAAAUGGAAAAGAUGUAGGACCAUCAAAGUUUGCAUUUGAUAAUAAUAAAACACUUGUUUCAUUUGUUCCUAAAAAAGGCAAAAUAGUACUUCUAUUAUCGACAAUGCACUACUCCAGUGACAUCAAUAACGAUACAAAAAAACCUGAAUUGAUCAUGGAUUAUGGAAUUGAUCAUGCAUAUUCUUCAGUGCUGCUCAACUUAGCUAAUAGGGACAGUGCUAUGAAUAGAAGACAAUUUUUGCAUGAACUGUCGUUUCAACUAAUUGAACCAUUGCUACGAGUUAGAUUAGAAAUACCAACACUAAAUAAAUCUCUCAAAACAUAUAUUAGAGAUAUAUUGGGUGUUUCCGAAAAUCUAGAACCAGCAGCACAGGGUCAAAUUUUAGCAAAACGUACAAGAUGUGCUUUUUGUCCUCGAGAAAGGGAUAGGAAGGCAAAAAUGUUAUGUGGUAAAUGUAAGCUUGCCAUUUGCGAUACUCAUCGAGCUAUUGUGUGUUGUAAAUGUAGUCAGUGA